UUUUUAUAAUGAAAACAUUGUUUGCGGCUUUCGAUUAAUUUACAAAUGCAUACUUCAAUAUUGAAAUGUCAUCAAAACCCGGCUGGCAGCACCAACGCUUGCAAAUAACGUACGUUCUUGCUUAGUGCAGGCGCUAAUUCAUUCAUUUCAUACACAACUUGUAUUUUGUAUUGCAGAGUGAUUAGUCAAAUAUCAAAAACUAACAAAGGGUUUAAUAAUAAACAAAAGGUGUUUGAACCGAUAAGGUAAAUAAAGAGUUAACGUUUGAGCGAUUUAAUAACAAGGGCGAUAAACGAAAUUCUUUCCAUCUGCUAGUUAUUAAAUAACAGCAAUACAUUUUAUUGUAACAUACUAACCAUACAUGCAAUACAUUGUGCUCCAGAUUGAAUAUGACUCUCUAAACCUCCGUACUUCUCAAGAAAUGGCAUACGUGAGAUGAAUAAUUUUAAUUUGUUACAGUCGGCACAUUAACUCUUUACUGAAGCCAGCUAAGAAAACAACAAAAAACAACCAGUUUUUAUAUCAACAGCGAAACUAUUUCUAAUUAACUUUACAUUUAGUGAUUUAGCGAUUGUUACUUUUAAUUAAAACGAAUUAGUAUAAUAAUUUCUAAGUGCGCGCAGCAAUGGCCAGAAGGACACAAGUGCACUCUGUCGGUAUAAGCGAUAAUACCGAAGAGCUCGAAAGUCCGGAAACUAUAGAAUCCGCUUCGCUAGCUAUACAAGAUGUCGCUUCAAAAGCCGCACAAAAAGAUUUAUGGGAACGCCCUGCCUCCACAACGCCACCUCAUUUGCCGAACGACGGAUCUACUCUAUUACGCUUUGAAAUCCAACUAGCUCGUAUAAUGCCUCCUGAUGGUGAGGAUCUUAAUGUGAAACGAUAUGUGGUCUAUGAAUUGUCUGUGCGUCAAGACUCUUCCAUUAUCGAUCCACAACCUGCAAGCAUACAACGUCGCUAUACGGACUUUCGAAAUCUCUACAAUAGUCUUAAAAAGGAGUUUCCAACUAAGAUGUCUUCAUUGUAUUUUCCCAAUAAGGUCCUUGUUGGAAAUUUUUCGGCUGAUUUAAUAGCAGAACGUAGUGCUGCCUUUGAGACAUUCCUCAGUCAUGUCGUCAGUUGCAGUACAUUACGCGACACGCCUGCGUUUUUACACUUUCUUCAAGAUCACGAACUAGCCAAGGCAUGUCAACUCUUGGACGAGCGUCGCAACGAAAUGGCUAUUCCAUUGCUAGAAAAUUGUUUUCGGUUACUAAAUAAAAUUUUCAUGGAUCGUUCCCGGGCUGUCCUAUUAAUUUUGUGUCGUCUUGUUGCUGCCUGCACCAUGUCACCGGUGCCGCAUCAUUCGGCCGAACGCUGGGCAACGUUGGCGCUGAGCCGUUACGAUACAUUGUGUGACAUUGAUCUCCUACAAUUAUAUAUUCCAUUACUACACACAUGCACACAUCUUUGGUGGCAGCGGGGCUUGGAUCAAAAGCCGCUAACUGAUCGUCUCGAGGAAAUGUCUAAAAAGGGCAUUAAUAUAAAAAAUUGUCCUACACUUAUCCAGGCCAUUCACAAGCUGGAUCCGCGCACUGAAACUAUAUAAAUAAUAUAUGCAUUCAUACAUUCAUAUAUAAAAUAUUGAAAAUAGUGCACAUGCAUACAUAUUAGGGUGGUCAAAAAAUGCAUGUGAAAAAGUAGUCGAAAUUUUAAUGCCGCCACCCCUAGGAUUGUUCUAUACGAAAAAAGAUAUACCCCUAUCUUUUUAUUUUGAAAUCAAAAGAUAUUUAGGGAGUAUGGGGGGAAAAACAACUCUUCAUAGAAAUGGUCAAUAUUUUUCGGACGGAAAACUUUGUUUCUCUUCAGGAGAUUCCCAGUAAUAAUACCCAAUUUUUUCCUUAACCAUUUUUUCAGGUAACUAUAUUUUAUAGGUUCGCCAAAACCCCCAGAAAAUGCAAUGGGGGACCAAUAAAAAAUCUUUAGAAUUAAAAAGUGGUUAUUAAACAAUUGGAUAUUAAUAUUGGAAGUCUUUUGAAGAGAACUACAGUUUUCCGAUCGAAAAAUAUUGAUUUUCAAGAAUUCUAUACCAUUUCUACGAAAAGUAGUUUUCCACAUAUAAAAUCCAUGGAAAACUUUGAGCGCUUUGAGCACUCCCUAAAUAUUUUUUGAUUUUCGGUAUAGAACAAUCAUAGGGAGUGGCGGCAUUAAAAUCCCGACUUUAUUGGUUUUGGACCACUCUACGUACAUAUGUAGAAAAUAGCGCAUAGUGUUCGCAUACAUAUUUUUUAUAUUAUAUAGCAUCUAAGGAAAAAAAGUGCACUUGUUUAUAAACUAAUAUGUAUGCAGUGUACAUUCAUAGUACGAACAUGCUUCCAGUUGCAAUUAUUUCAUCGUCUUGAUAUUACUUGCAAAUGCAUUAUAUACAUACAUAUAUGUAUGUAUUUAUGUAUGUUUAUGCAUAUCGCUCAUUUACUAAAAGACUGUCGCUACCAAGGCCUAUUAAACAAGGUGUGUUUGACAACUCAGGUAGGCUCUCUUUUAAGGUACUAUUAUGCCAAAAAUAUAAAAAAUCUAUUCAAAAUUCAUACACAUUUUUUUCAAUUUGAAUUUAUAGGAUGGUUCUGAGAGCAAUGCCAAAUUCAAUCACACUUUGUUGAAUACAUUUUGGUCCAAUCACACCCUGUUAAUACACCUUGGUCACAACUCAAGAGCAAGCCUUAAAGGUGUCUCCUGAAAAAUCUCGUUUUUUGACUAGUGACAGUUUUUUUUGGUAAACGGGCGAUAUGCAUGCAAGUAUGUGCGUAUAGUGGUAGAUUGAACUACAUAUCGUUACCGUAAUUCACAAAGGCCCUAACCAAACAAUUUUUUAUUUUACAGGGGAACCAAAAAAA